CAAUGGCACAUAAAUCUUUUGUACUGUCAGGCCUAAUUGUGGCUCUAGUCAUCGCAUUGGGAUGCAACAUCGAGGAAGCUGCAGCGAGAGACGUGAAGCUAGUGAAGCUCCGCGAUGUAAAACCCGAGACCCUGAAAAAAUUAAAAGGAGAAGAAGAAAUAGAAGUCAUGAAAGAAGAGUCCAAAAAAAAUCUCCUAAAGGAAAUUGAGAAGGCCAAGAAGAUGCUUGGGGAGCUGAAAACGUUGAAGAAGGAAUCAACUGGUGAUAUGAAAAGCGAAUUGAGCUCUCUGGUGAAAUGUGAAUCGCUGCUUGAUGAAAUAUCAGAUUCUCUCAAGAACGGGAAGUACAACACCAACGAAGCAAACAUAUUCGUUGAGAAAGAAUCAUUCUUCUACAGAGCAUGGAAGGAGAAUGCUUAUCACUCGGUGGUUCCGGAGAAGGAGAAAGAGUUCAUGUCUACCGUUAAACGCAUUGUCAAGUUGCUCAAGAAAACUUAGAACCAGAGAAUCAUCAGCAAUAUUUAAUUACCAUAAUCAUCUAGUAACCUUUUUUUCAUUAAUUAACAAAAUAAAAAUCUCGUCACACACACCAGACGCAUAUCUACAUGUAUGUAUCAAUGGUUAUGAUGAUUGUAGUGUAACGAAUCUUUUUGUAAUUAGUAACUACACUAUCUUUGAGCAUGUCCAAUUUAAUCAUUAAAUAUU